AUGGAUCGUGGAUGGGACUCUCCCAUUUACGGUUUCUUCAAGCCCAUUCCAAAGGUCGCCUCGGACGUCAACGGACGUCGCAUGCACAUAUUCGAGUGCACGGCGAAGAGCUGCCACAAGAAGAGCGUCAAUCGCUACAUCGACAAGGGUGACGCAACAUCUACCGGAAACAUGACAAGGCAUGCAAAAGGCUGCUUCGGUGACGAAGCAGUGAAGCGCGCUACCAAGGCUGAUAUGACGCCUGCGGAGGUGCGUCAGCGCUUUGGUAAGAAUGCGUCGGAGAGCGGGGACAUUACCUCGUUCUUUGAGCGCAAUGGCAAGGGACCAGUUACGUACUCCCAUCGCCAGCACACACGCACUGAGACGCGGUAUUCGCUACUGAAGACGGGCAGGCCUGGAUACUGGAUCCCAUCUGCUACAACGGUCGCGCGCGACGUCAAGACGCUCUUCGCGCGCUCGCGCACUCGUAUCAGCUGUUUUCUUCGAGAGUACGAUGGGCGACUCAGCUUGUCCACAGACUGCUGGUCGUCUCCAAAUGGGCAUGCGUUUGUGGCUGUCAUUGUGCACUUCGAGCACAAUGAAGAGCCGCUUAGCAUGGUGCUCGACGUUGUCGAGCUUGCGGAAGUGCGUACCUUUGUGUGUUGCCCACCUCUCUGGUCUCCGCUAACCACAAAACCUGCUAGUCGCACACAGGGAAGGCCUUGGGCGAAACUCUAA